GGCAGGAGGAAAAUCGAACAAGCCACUGAAGAAUGAGAAACCAGACAGAAAUAACAGGCUUUGUCCUCCUGGGACUGUCAGAUGACCCAAAGCUUCAGGUGGUGAUCUUUGUCUCUCUGCUCGUCACCUACAUGCUCAGCGUCACUGGGAACCUGACCAUUAUCACUCUCACCCUGCUGGAUUCCCACCUCCAGACCCCCAUGUAUUUCUUCCUCAGAAAUUUCUCCUUAUUAGAAGUUUCAUUCACAACUGUCAGUAUACCCAAGUUCCUGGGCACCAUUAUUUCAGGAGACAAAACCAUUUCUUUUAACGAUUGUAUGGCUCAACUAUUUUUUUUCAUUCUCUUGGGAGUCACUGAAUUUUACCUUCUGGCUGCCAGGUCCUAUGACCGCUAUAUUGCCAUCUGCAAACCUCUGCAUUACAUGACCAUCAUGAAUCGUAGUGUCUGCACACUCCUUGUCUUUGCUUCUUGGCUGGCUUCAUUCUUAAUCAUAUUCCCAUCACUCAUGCUAUUCAUACAGCUCAAUUACUGUAACUCCAAUGUUAUAGACCAUUUUACUUGUGAUUAUUUCCCCUUAAUACACCUUUCUUGUUCAGACACAAAACUCCUAGAGAUAGUGGGUUUUUCUUGUGCUGUAUUCACUCUAAUGUUCACUUUGGUAUUAAUAAUUCUGUCCUACGUAUAUAUCAUCAGAACAGUUUUGAGAAUUCCUUCUAGUAGUCAGAGGUCAAAGGCAUUUUCCACGUGUUGUUCCCACAUGAUUGUCAUCUCCAUCUCUUAUGGCAGCUGCAUUUUCAUGUACAUUAAUCCAUCAGCAAAAGACAGAGUGUCUUUGAGCAAGGGAGUUGCUGUGCUAAACACCUCAGUAGCCCCCAUGCUGAACCCCUUUAUUUACAGCCUGAGGAAUCAGCAAGUCAAGCGAGCCUUCAUGGACAUGGCAAGGAAGACUGUAUUUUUCUCAAGCAAAUGAAAAAAUAAAAGUGUGUCAUAAAUUA